GAUACUUCCUCCGUCCGCUCCCAUCUCGGAGAGUCCGCCCCCAAAAUCUCCCUCCUACCACCCCCCCCCGAAGUCUUCUGCGCGAACGCCAGAGCGGGAGAGCAGGACGUUUCCCCGGCGCGAGCGCAGAAUCCCCCUCGAUCGGUCGGCGACUGCCUGCGUGGGAGGAUCGGGAAACAAAAGCCGGGAUCCACGCGGGAUCGUUCUCGCGCAGCGCGUGGCCGAGGGGUCCCGGCUUGCCGGGUGGAGCAGCAGCAGUAGCAGCAGCAGAAGAAGCCACCGCGACAUCCACAUAGAUCCUGCUCAGACGCGCGGGGGAGUUUUCCACCCAGUCCGCUGCCGAGCGGGACAGCAGACCCUCGUGGGGCGGCGCCUUGUCGGCUCGGAGUCGUCGCGGACGGCAGCGGCAUGGCAAGCGCGCUCGGGCGAGCCCGGCAUGCGGCGGACGGACUCCCGCCGAGCGGCGAGCAUGGCUGUGUGCUGCUGCGUUGGCGUCGGGUUCGGAGCGAUGGUUCCUCUCCGCUUGUGCGUCGAGACGGGAGAAGGGCGAGAGGCGAUGGGCACCUGCGUGGAACGAACGGUCGUCGUCUCGAUGAUCGUGCUCAUCUCUUUCUCUUGCGUUGAUUUGUUUUUUCGCUUCGGUGUCGGCGGCGCCGUCGUGCACUCCCACAUGCGUGGUGCCGGGCAGGAGUUGUUCCCUUCGGGGGAGAUCAGACGCUCCGAGACGCGGACUCCGAGAGUGAUCCGAGUUGCAGAGAAGAGUGCUGAGCCUUCUAGGCCUGACUUGCCCGGUUGCAGAUGCGAACGCUGUGCUGCGCUCCGAGACCGGACUGACGUUUACGCCUUGCCGCCGUGUUUAUCUUUGUGCAGCCAAAUUUUCAUAGCAGCGGCUGUAUCAGAUCUUCGUCGUCGGCGACAAGACCCCUGCCCUGCUCUGCUUCAUUCGUCAAGCUAGGAAAUGUAGGUCUGGCAUGGUGCAGUAGCUCUCGCCAAAGAGAAGUGAUACCACCGACC